GUGCAGUAAGCUAGAAUGAGAAAAACAGACUUAUCUUACUCUAAUUUAUUGCACCAGUGUAGUGACAGAAGACAUUAAACUGCCUUCUUUUUGCCCAUCACUGUACAACACUUGAAAGAAAGAUUAGACAUUUGACGCGAUCUAAUACGUCCGUCUUUUCUUCCUGGGAAACAGACUCCUAUUGGAUAUCGAGUGCGUCUGGAAUUGAAAAGAAUAUGGUAUUUUGUAAACCGUUUGUUCGAAACAUUUUGAAACUACAAAGAAAAGGGAUUCCCUGCCCUUUUAUCGUCACGACUAUGUGUAUGACUGCCAAGUAAAUCAACCAAGGAGACCAUGGCAGUAAGGUGUAACCGUAAUUACGAGGCAAUCUGGGAUUGGCAUCCGGAGAUGAUACUCGUCUCGGAAUCGCCCGUCACCUGGAAAGGCUUUCUGAUCGUCUCGCAUUCGUCCUACGUUGCUGGCGAUGCUCGUUGUUCUAGGGUCAAGUUGAAGCUAGCUAUGCCCGAUUAUCCGUCCUUCGACAAUGCGCAGAUCGCCUUCGGCAGGCACAUUGCUCUCCUGCGGAACAGAGAAUUCAGCAGGAGGGUGAAGGACUUGAUGACGUCCGCACAAACUGUACUGUCGUUCUUCACGCAGUUACAGUCACUCGUUAGCCAGUAUAUGCUUAACACAGAUAGUAAGAGCCGUAUGAUCGACUUCAAGUCUACGAGAGAUUUCCUACAAGAUGUGAGAACAGCACUUCAGAAUCCAUCUAAUGUGCAGUUAUCAAGUGAUCGGGAUCUAAAUACUAUCAAGUUAUCAUUAAGAGGAGUGUCUCUUACGUUGCAAAGAUGCAACGACGUUGGAGCUCCCUGGAAAGUAGUCUCUUCCGACAUGCCUGCUAUUCCCACGUUCGAAAAGAAUGUAACUAAUUUGAGCAUCGCGAUGACAAAGUUCAAGUGGCAAGUGGAAUUAUUGGAAAGAGCGUGGGAACAAUUAAGAGAGAUUGAUGAGAAUUGUUGGGUAAUUGAUCCACCGGAACCGAACAAAAGUCACAUGUACAGACGCAUUCAUUUGUCGCAAUCCUUGUCUGUGACGAUUACAAUAGAUCCGCUGAAUCCCACUGUUUUGCAGUCAAUUACAUUCUCGGGCAGUGACAACGAGGUGAAGAGACAAAAGGAGGAGGUUAACAAUAAUCUGAAGAACUGGAAUCGGGACUGUAAUAUUCUAGAAAAUCUAAGAAUUAUGUUAAAUACGUAUGAAUUUCCCGAGCAGCAGGAAAGUAUGGACGACUCGAAGGGCAUUAUCGGCAGUCGUGAAUGCGGCAUAUGCUUCUCCGAAAAAUCCGAGACCGACGAAUUGCCGCAUAAGAUAUGCAAUAACGAGAGGUGCAUGAAGCAUUUUCAUUCAGCAUGUUUAUCAAGGUGGUUACAAAUGAACGCUGAGAAUCAAGUUGUGUUUGGCCACAUCUAUGGCAAUUGCCCGCAUUGUAAGGAAAAGAUUUCCUGUCCUAUUGAAUGACAAAGAGGUACAUGCUCUACCGACCUAAAUCCCGCGACAAGAUGUACUCUUGUCAGCUCCGCUUCGUCGUCGACGAUCGCUUU